CAGUGAGCUGAGAGCAUUUCUAUUCCUGAAGGAAAAGUGUUUUCCUAUUUCUGCAGAGCGAGAGGCAGCGAGCCAGAGACCUCACACCUGAGAGCAGAUGGACGGGUCAGUCGGGCCGAUGCGAGUGUUGGUGACGGGCGGCAGUGGGCUGGUGGGGCGAGCGAUAGAACGGGUGGUGAAAGAAGGUGAAGGGAGAGAAGGAGAAAAAUGGAUAUUCCUGUCGUCCAAAGAGGCCAAUCUCGUGAGCGCUGAAGAGACGAGAGCAGCCUUCGAGAAACAUCGUCCGACGCACGUCAUUCAUUUGGCCGCGAUGGUGGGCGGACUUUAUAGAAACAUGAGACAGAACCUGGACUUCUGGAGGAAUAAUGUGCACAUCAAUGACAACGUGCUGAACAUGUCUCAUGAGUUCGGAGUGGUGAAGGUCGUGUCCUGUCUGUCUACAUGUGUUUUUCCAGAUAAAACCACCUACCCUAUUGAUGAGACCAUGAUGCACAACGGUGCCCCCCAUGACUCUAAUUACGGUUACGCCUACGCCAAACGCAUGAUUGACGUCCACAACAGGGCGUUAUUUCAGCAGUACGGUCGCAAAUACACAGCCGUUAUCCCCACCAACAUGUUCGGAGCCCAUGAUAACUUCAACAUUGAGGACGGUCACGUGAUGCCGGGGCUGAUCCACAAGACGUACCUGGCAAAGAAGGAAGGUAAACCUCUGCAGGUCUGGGGUUCGGGUCGUGCUCUGCGUCAGUUCAUCUAUUCUCUGGAUCUGGCUCGUCUGUUUGUGUGGGUUCUGAGGGAGUACGACGAGGUGGAGCCCAUCAUUCUCUCAGUCGGGGAGGAGGAUGAGUUGACUGUAAAGGAUGCUGUGGACGCUGUGGUUGAAGGAUUCGGGUUCAAAGGGGAAGUUAUUUAUGACACUAGUAAAUCAGACGGUCAGAUCAAGAAAACCGCCAAUAACGCCAAACUACGCAAAUACCUGCCAGACUUCAAGUUCACGCCGUUUAAACAAGCCGUCAAGGAGACGUGUGAUUGGUUCGCAGCCAAUUAUGACUCCGCCCGUAAAUGAAGAUCUUCACAUCUGAUUGGCUGUGGGGAGCUUGAACACUGGAAACCAAAAAAAGACAAAAUCAUUGGACACUGCCAUCGAGGCCUUCUAUUUUAAUCUCUUAAACUCAUCUUUGAUAAUCAAAAUGACACAUUAUAUUUUUUUCCCCUUGUAAAUCAUUUCUUUGUCUUAAAAGUGGCUUGAAUGUAACUACACUCUUACCUCAUUGAGUAUGUGCUGAAUCAUUCGUAUGUUUUAGUCCCCGCCUCCACUCAAUCACACCAGCUUGGACCUGCUCCAUUUUCACUCAUUAUAAAGCACGCAAAGUGUAAAGUGCAAAAACGUGUAAACCUUUGAGCAGAUAUUAAAAGUCACGCCCUGUAAGUUGACAGGAUUGGUGACAAAGUCUUUGUUACACCGCAGUUUUAAUGAGAACAUCCUCAAUGGUGUUGAAUGAUGAAUUAUUUAAGCAUAUUAAAACACCAGACAGACAUGCAAACAGGGUUAAAAACUUGACUUUCACCAUGAGGUCUUUAGACAUUUUAUCUGUGCUCUGUACUGUGGUUGGUGCUGUACAUUUUCUUCUGUUUUUACCGGUCUGUCAAACAGGGCAUUUUCUGGGUUUGUUUUCUCAUGAUAUGUACUGUACAUUUUAACAAUGCACUCAUAUUUAAAAUAAUUAGUUGAAUGUGCUUUUUAUAUGUGUUUGAAGUUUUAAAGGUUCCCAAACCAUGCAAUUUUUAUUUAAUUCCCAGUAUCAUACAUUUAUGUUGUGGUUUAUA